UGUGCCAGGUAUUUGCACAAAGAUAAGUAGGUGCGUCUGAUUCUAACUAGUUUGGCUUUUGCGUUUAUAUUCGUGAUAGCAAAGUGAUGCUGCGCAGUCUUUAUGUAUCCCAGGCAUUGAUCAUCGUUUGAAUCUAUUUGAUGGGCUUUUGUUGUUGUCACCAUAGUCGGAACAGCAAUUCGCGCAGUGCCAUCAUCCUACGGUUGUGCUAGUGCGCUAUUCAGUGAUACAUUCGGAAACCGUCCACAAGAUCACCAUCUAGUUGCAAAAAUAUAGUAAAUAAACUGAAUCUUAAAUUCAGUCAAAUUAUACACUUGAACGUGGACAGGCGGCUUUUCGACGGCGGUUGAUGCAGACUGGUUUUUCGAUUGUAUUGUUUAUUUAGUUUAGAUUACCCGAGGCAAACAGUUAACGAAUGGAUUCAUGUAAAUUAUAAACACUUGUUGAACAUGUUGAACAAAAUGAGCUCGAAUGAACGCGAUCGUACGAUCAUAUAUCGUUACGACGGGAACUCGGAGUACCAAUGUGGAAAGACAAAUUUUGCUUUCACUUCCCCCGAAGAAAAUAAUAUUGAGUACUCCAGAAAGGGAGGAUGCUUCGUGUCGAUAUGUCGCGGAAUAAGCAUAGCCGUUUUGAUAUUCGUUUUUAUCUUCUUCAUGUCGUUCACCAUAUUUUUCAGCACAAAAUACGCCUACGAGCAUAAGCCAAAUAUUACCUUGGAAGAUUUCCUUAAUCAUCGUGCAUAUCUAAUCGAUAAACGAUCCAGAAUACCGAAGCAUGUUAUCCCAAAGCACUACCGCUUGUUUAUACACCCAAUAUUCAAUGAAACCCUCAACCCGUUUUCCUACAAUGGUAUUGUAUGGAUUACAGUCACCUCCAAAAAGCACAAUAAUAAAAGAAUCGAAUUGAACGUGAAAAAUUUGAAUAUCAAGCUAGAUGACGUGGCGGUGCUGAAAAGUAUAAGACUAACGAAUCUGGAUUUUGACGAGGAUCUCGAUUGGGAUCUGAGUGAGGAAGAUAUCCUGCCACGUUUGAGGAAAAAACGAAGUGUUGCUGUUAACGCAACAGAAUCAAUAACGUCCGGUGAUAACGAUGAGAACAAUGGCGGGGAAUCGGAGGAUCCUUCCAACGUGACCGCACCGAUUGACAAGUCCAAAUACUACCAUCAUCCGGUGUUUCCUUCCGAUGAUUUUGUUACCAUCAAAAUAUUGGAUCUGGAAUUUGAUGAGUCCAACGAGAAGAUGAUCAUCUACCUAGGAACGGAGAUGAAGAAGGAUAUUUACUACAUAGUUAAGGUCAAUUUUACCGGAAAUAUGACCAACGACAAGGGGCUUUAUUUCACGCACUAUAAGGAUGGAGAAGGAGAUCAUAAGUUCAUAGCAGCAACAAUAUUGGAACCAAAUAAUGCCAGGAAACUAUACCCAUGCAUGGAUGAUCACAAUUUUCGCUCACCAUUUGAGAUUAACGUUGCAAGGAAGGUUGAUAUGAAUACUGCGUCUAGCCUGAACCUGGAGAUGUCGGAAUUCAUGGAGGAUGAAUCCAUAAUAGUUGAUACAUACAAUACCACCGGAAUGGUACGAGCAUCGGAAAUUGGUUUCAUCGUUACGGAUAUGACUCCCGAACGAUAUGAACUAACUGAGAAAGUUGAUCUCAUCGCGUAUACCCGAAACAUCUAUGACAAUUACUUGAAGGAAAUAGUUUCAGUAUUCGCGUCGGUUAUAAAUGUGUACGAGACCUACUUGAAGAUGAAGUAUCCGUACGACACGAUAAAGUAUGUUGCCGUUCCGAACAUGGAGAGCACGGUUCGUGAGAUUAAAGAAGGCAUGAUCUUGUCUAGUGAGAAACGAUUGAUCAAGGAUUCUACGUAUUUCCCAACAUCGGAGGGCACACUACUUCGAGUUGUUUCCAACGAACUGGCCAAGCUUUGGAUUCAUAAUCUAGCAGAUUAUAAAAAUAAAGAAGUUUAUUGGUUACACGAAUCGAUUCCACUUUAUUUGGAAUCAGUCGCAUUGGGAAAGUUAAACAAUAGCCAAUAUGAUAUGGACGACUUCCUACUGGAGGGCAAAUCACGUGCCAUGCAGGAAGAGAUCAACACCAAAACCUCCCCACUCAGUGUUUUCACGAACCAUUGGGAGGAAGAUGCGCAUUUCGAGCUGGUUCGCUUCAAAGGUCUCAGUAUUUUGCGUAUGAUGAAUUACACUCUUGGAGAGCAAACGUUCAAUGCGUUCGUAAGAGAAUAUUUUGUCCAGCGCAUCAAUAACGAGUCUAUCGAUAUUAUUGAAAUUCUCAACAACAACAAUCGCCAUACGGACGGAACCUUUAACAAUUUUCUGCACAGCUGGACAACUUUCGAGAAGUAUCCUAUAAUUGACAUCAAACGAAAUAAUUUGAGCGGCCAUUUUGAUCUACAGCAGCGAAUGAUUCCGUUCGAGGAGGAGAUGAGCGAACAAGUGUGGACCAUACCGGUCACGUUCAUAAACGACACCAAUCAACAGCUGUUCUCGGAGAAAGUUCAGUGGCUAUUGGCUUCGAACAACGUGCUAACGAUCGAGACUCGUUGUGAGUUGAUGAGUAACGACACGUGGGUUAUUGUGAAUCCCAGCGGAAUAGGUUACUACAGAGUCAAUUAUGAGCUAAACCAUUGGAUAAAGUUGGCACAUGUCCUCCAUAAAGGUUUCAGAUCUCUACCCUACAGUACAUUGACUACUAUUGUGGACGAUGCCCUAAAUUUAGCACGUCAUGGUUUACUGGAUUAUUCAGUCGCUUUCAAUGUAAUAUCGUUCCUCACAAAAUGCAAUGACCUCUAUCAGCCUUGGAAAAGUGCUUUGGAUAAUCUUAAGUUUCUAUAUAAAGCAUUGGAAGAUCACCCGAACUACGUUUAUGUUGAGCAUUUCCUGGAAUAUCUAAUCAUAAAUAACUAUGAAAACAUUACUGGUUCACCAGUGAACGAUAGUAAUUCCAUGAUCGGUUCUCUUUUGGUAGAUUGGGCAUGUCAACUAGGCGUAGCCGCAUGCAUAGACGAUCAAAAACAAGUUUUCAAAAACAUCUUCCUUGAAGGCAUCGCAUCUCCGUUUGAAUUUUCCGAGCGUGAACUGUACCUGUCUACAUGUACAAUUAUAAAAUACAGUGGCAUUAAUGAGUGGAAACUUAUAAAGGAUAGAUUCAUGCAAUCUGAUGAUAUCAGUAUGCAAAAAAUAUUGAUAAAAUCCCUGGGUUGCACACGAGAAAUAAGUUUGAUCAAAAAAACACUGGCGCUGCUCAAGGAUCCCCUCUUCAACAUGUAUAACCAUCAGAUUCUUUCGUCAAUCAGUGAUAACAAAAUUGCUCUCAAGUAUACGCUGGAUUUCUUGUACAAUGAGUGGAUCGAUGUGAGAUCGUACCUAUCGUUGACCGAUAUAUCAAUACUACUGAGAAAAAUUUCUACCGAAAAUGAAUUCACAAUGUAUGAGCAAAUAUUUUUCCGCUAUUCGUACACAUUUCAAACGAUGGACAAGGAGAUAUUGAAACGAAUGCGGGAUACCAUAAUGAAGCUGAUAAGAUGGAAAAAAGAAAUAGGUCCCACUGUUCAUUACACACCAUUCUCGUUCGAUGUUUGAAGAACACCCUAUGGAAACACAUAAAUAGUCAGUUAAAUUUAUUUAGCCAUGAAUAUUGUAUGUUAUGAAUUAUAAUAAACAAAAAUAACACAUCA